AUGGACAGCUACGCCCAUUACUACGGACACCUCUCAGACUCAUCUGAGGCGACUUCUCGUGGUUCUCGUCGCGACAGGUGCGGUGUUGACGGCUGCCGCAAGAAGCAGUGCUACUGCACCCUCCCCGGGAGGGCGGGGACUCGCAUCUAUUCCAAGUACUGCGAACUCCACACCUGCGAGGCCUUCCUGCUAGAAGACAGUGACCACUGCUCGCACCCAAGAGUCACUGGCCAGCGCUACUGCCAAAGCCACCUAAAAUGCGGCCAGCCUGGAUGCGCUGAACUGGGGGAGUUUGCCUCCGAACGGGGCGAGUACGUGCAGUGGUUCUGCGCCGCCCACCGGUGCACCGUAGCCCGCUGCCGCGCCAGAGCACGCGACUCGCAGCAGCAGCGCUGCAACACCCACACCAUAACAUGCAACAUCAGUGGCUGCGACCGGCCCUGCCAUCUCGACCGGGACGGCAGUCUCCUCCUGACCUGCGCCGUGCACUACGGCACCUUCAAGUGCGAGUGGCCCGGCUGUGUCCGCCGCAGGCCAGGCUACCAUUUCAGAUACUGCCUGGCCCACAAGUGCAGCCUCGCCCAAUGCGGCAACGCCCGCGAUCCCGCGGGAGGAGGCCCCAUCUGCGUGCUCCACCGCUGCAAAAUCUCCCCCUGCCAGAACCAGGUAUCCGACCCCUCGCAACCAUCCUCCCGAACCUGCCCGUCGCACACAUGCAAAUCCCCGCGGUGCCUCUCCGCGCGGCGAUCCCCCGGCGACGACUUUUGCCCGUCACACGCGUGCGUGGUAGCCGGGUGCCUAGAGCCACGAUCAUCAUCGUCAACCGGGUCCGGGCGGUGUGUGGAGCACGAGCUGAGGCGGGCGCGGCGCGACCGUGCCGCCUCGUGGGCCAGCAGUGCAGCGCGGAGCGGGGGUGGAGGCUCGUUCGAUUUCGAGGCGCUACGGGAACGGUUCGAUCGCGAGCGUAAGAGAAGGUCGGAUGACCCGGAGGGGUUGAGGAGGCUUCAGAAGGAGAGGGAAAGGGAGAUUGAGAGGAUUGAGAAGGAGUUGGAGAUGCUGGAGAGGGAACGCGGGCGCGGAGAGGGGUAUGGGUCGUACCCUGGCUGGGAGCGGUGGUAUGAGCGGUAG